AUGGCACUCAGCAGCAGCAUAAGCAAGCCCGAGCAACCCCAUGUGGCAGUGUUUGCAUUCCCAUUUGGCAGCCAUCCUAUUUCGCUGCUUAGUCUAGUUCGCAAACUAGCCUGUGCAGCUCCACAAGUGCAAUUUUCCUUCUUCAACACUGCCAAAUCCAACGCCUCCCUCUUUCAUUCUUCUUCUUCUUCUUCUUCUUCAAAUAUCCCUCACAACUUGAAACCCUGCUCCGUGGAUGAUGGAGUCCCUGUGGGUCACGUCCUCUCCGGAAAUCCACUGGAGGAGGUCGACUUUUUCCUCAAAUCCUCCAUUGCCAAUUUUACAAACAGCAUGAAUGAUAAUAAUACAAACAUGAGGAUCACUUGCUUGCUUUCCGAUGCCUUCGUCAGUAGCUGCUGUGCGGAUGUUGCGGAGCAUUUUGGCGUUCCAUGGAUUGCUGCUUGGCUUCCAUGCUCGCCCUCUCUUUCUGCUCAUCUUCACACUCACCUCAUUCGCCAACAUACUCGAACUAAUCAUCAUCAUCUAGAUUUCAUUCCUGGCUUGUCUGAAUUUCUCAUUUCAGACUUGCCAGGCGAAAUACUCUCCGUCUCCGAUGAUGAUUUGCAAUCUUCUCCCUUCUUAAAAACCCUGAGCCAGCUUGAACUUGUUCUCCCAAAAGCUGUCUCCGUUGUUGUCAGCUCUUACGAAGAGCUCAACCCUCCGGCUCUGGAUGACGAUCUCCGAUCAAAGCUCGGGAACGUUCUCGAUGUGGGGUUCUUCACCGUGACUCUUCCACUGCCUCCAUUACCGCCUUCUGAUUCAGAUCCCACGGGCUGCCUGUCUUGGUUGGAUGCCCAAAAGCCCGGAUCCGUUGCGUACAUCAGCUUCGGAACAGUGUCGAUGCUGCCUCAGAAAGAAUUGGUUGCCCUGGCGGAGGCUUUGGAAGACACCAAAGUCCCAUUUCUUUGGUCUCUGAAAGACCACUUGCGGAAGGACUUGCCCAGUGGGUUCUCCGAGAGGACCAAGACGCAAGGCAAAUUCGUGGGUUGGGCACCCCAGAAGGAAGUCCUAUCUCAUGACUCUGUUGGGGUUUUUUUGACUCAUUUUGGAACCAACUCCGUCUAUGAGGGCGUUGUUUGUGGCGUCCCCCUCAUCGGGCGCCCUUUCUUUGGAGACCAGCACAUGAUGGGGAGGCUGGUUCAGACCAUAUGGAAGGAUGGUCUCAUACUUGAAGGGCCUAAUAAUUCAGGGGAGCUAACAAAGCCAGGAGUCAAGCAGAGCUUGGAACUCAUUUUGGGACUUGCAAAUGAAGAACAUGGGAAGAAGGUUAGACAAGGAGCUCUUGCACUCAAACGCCGUGUGCUCCAGGCUCAUCUUGCUCCCACCAGCUGCGCUGCAAGAGAUUUCAAAAUUUUGGUGGCUUUGAUUUCUAAAUAA